UCCGGUGUCGCCACCUUCUUUGUCUCCGGCCCAACAUUUCGACACCAGGGGUUGUCUGUUUUUUUCCCUUUAGUUUUGAGGAUAUAUUUACACAUAUAUCCCUUUGUUUUCUGAUAUUGAAUGACAGUCGACUCUGAAAUAUUUAUGCCUAAAAGUAAAGCGCCAAAAAUGGACGACCUGGACUACAUCCCAGUAGACCUGAGCCCAGAGGAGCGCUCUGAGCUGGAGGACAUCCGUAGGAGGAAGGGCGUCCUGCUGCAGGAGAUCCAGAGACUCAGAGAGGAAUUAAGAGAGGCAAUAUUGGAGGUGGAGGGACUGGAGACCAGCACAGAGGGCAGUAAAACUCUACAGAAAAGCAGGCAUGUGGCAAUGGGAAGGAAGAAAUUCAACAUGGACCCCAAAAAGGGCAUUGUGUUUCUGGUGGAGAAUGACCUGCUCAGACACACUCCAGAGGACAUCGCUCAGUUCCUCUACAAAGGAGAGGGCCUCAACAAGACUGCUAUAGGAGAUUACCUUGGAGAAAGGGAUGACUUCAACAUUAAAGUUCUUCAGGCUUUCGUUGACCUCCACGAGUUCACUGAUCUCAACCUCGUCCAGGCCCUCAGACAGUUCCUGUGGAGUUUCCGUUUGCCUGGUGAAGCCCAGAAGAUUGACAGAAUGAUGGAGGCCUUUGCUCAGAGAUACUGCCACUGCAACCCCGGCGUCUUCCAGAGCACUGACACAUGUUACGUGCUGUCAUUUGCCAUCAUUAUGCUGAACACAAGUCUCCAUAACCCGAAUGUGAGAGACAAACCCGGAUUGGACCGUUUCAUCUCGAUGAACCGAGGCAUCAACGAGGGGGGAGACCUGCCUGAGGACCUGCUCAGAAAUCUCUACGAAAGCAUUAAAAACGAGCCGUUCAAGAUCCCUGAGGACGACGGCAACGACCUGACGCACACCUUCUUCAACCCCGACAGAGAGGGCUGGCUUCUUAAACUUGGGGGACGAGUGAAAACCUGGAAAAGGCGAUGGUUCAUUCUCACAGACAACUGCCUUUAUUACUUUGAAUACACUACAGAUAAGGAACCGCGAGGUAUUAUUCCCUUGGAAAACCUUAGCAUCCGUGAGGUAGAAGACCCAAGAAAACCUAACUGCUUCGAGCUGUACAUCCCCAACAACCGCGGUCAGCUGAUUAAGGCGUGUAAGACGGAGGCUGAUGGGCGAGUAGUGGAAGGAAACCACAUGGUUUACCGUAUCUCCGCCCCCACACCCGAGGAGAAGGACGAAUGGAUCCACAGCAUAAAAUCUGCUGUCAGUGUUGACCCCUUCUACGAAAUGCUCGCAGCCAGGAAGAAACGUAUAUCCCUGAAGAAGAAAGAGGAACAACCGUAGAUUACUCCCUCCAUUCUCUCCCUGUCUUCCUUUGUCCUUCUCCUCUCUCCCUCCAACACUGGACACACGUUUUCUCAUCCAUCCUCCUCACCACCUCUUCAUACGUUUUUAUCACAUUCAGAGUGAAGAGCACUCUGGCUGCCUCCUCUUCUCUUGGUUCUUACACUACUGCUGUUCUACACAACCCGACACACCACAGCCAGAGCACACCGUCUGUCCCAUCGUCUCACCACAUUCCUCUCGCGUUCAGCAUUUAAGUGAACUGUGAAACCGGUCUCAGACCAUAUUCACACUAAUGUUUUGCCCUUUCAUUCACAAUCGGACAACUUCUCAAAAAAUGUAUGUGGUCAAAUCUGCAAACACAGGGAAAAUGGAGGAUUUCAAAAUGUUAUGAUUGUCCUUUUUCAUUCCUACUUCCCUCUUCACUGUUCCGCUGUAAACCACAAACAAUUCUUGAAACUCCACAGACAGUUGCUCAGCAGAAACGUGUAAGACUGCUGGCUGGAUAUUUCUCUUUUGGCCUUUUCAAUAUGUACAGCGGACUUCUAGACCACUCUGAGGAAUGCUAGUGUGGACCAGAAUCCUCUGAACGGCUAUCUUUUGAAUAUCGAUCUGCAUUAGUGUGAAUAUGGUCUUAUUCAGGGGUAGCAAGCAGCUUCAGUUCUCAUGAAGUCUUCUUUCAUAUUUAUUGAUGCUGCUUAAAAGAGAAACUGCCUUGAUUGUGCUUUACACCAGACAAAAUGUGAACUCACUAUUCAGACACUUAGUUUUCAGUCAGUGUUGAUCAGAUGGGAUGGAGGAAUCCAUUUAAGUCACAAAGAUACGGCAGCGGGAAAUGAUUUCAGAUUACUGAGAUGUGCUCAUUGCUUCCUAUGGUACUCUUAAUGGCUUCGAUACACAUUACUACUGUCUACACUUAGAUACUGUAACCGUUAUGUGAGGCAAACGUCACCGUUCAUUAUAUUGACACUAGGUUUUUAUCGGCAAGUUACUGUUGAACUUAAGAUAUUGGUUGGGUCUCGAGGCAAAGCGCUUGCUUUACCUGCAGAUUUAACGGAGACAAAUAUAAACGGCGUCUCUCCUUCCAGAUAGCUGCUUGUUUCAGUUUGCUGAGGCAAUAUAUGUGUUCUUUAGCAUGUUUCCUAACAUGUUUGAGCAAUAGCAGAGAAAACUGAUCCAGUCUGGAAGCUUGUUAACAAAUCCUUUUUAUAACACUGAUACUGAGCAACGAUCACCACGUCCUCCUCAGAUGUAAUGUUCUCGCAUGCCACAAAUCAUUUUCCUUCUUGCUCAACACUACAAGACAAACAUCUCUUUCACAAGUAAUAACCACGUCAGACAUUUAACUGUGAGAGCCUGGUCUGUCCGCUAUCGUGAGUUUCAACAAAUCACAAAGGCAGCUCAUUACAAUGUAUACUUUUUGUAAAUAGAUGUUAGCAUAUUUGUUUACGAUACACAUAGAAAUGAUUUAAUUUAUUCUUUAUCUUUUGUUAUAAUCUGAUUUUUGUACGAGCUACUGUAGGACUGCAUGUUGAUAAAACUGAGGCGUCACGUCGUAAGUACUGACGCAUUGCUGAUCAUGCUAGUGCACUGAUUUGAAAAGUGUUAGUGUUCCCUGUUGACAUAUGAUAUGAAAGUUGAUUUAUGCAUAGAGUAAAUUGUCUUAAUCGUAAAUAAGAUAUUUUAGGAGAUGUUUAGUAGUCUGGUUUAUCUCCGGACCACCCUGUUGGUUUGUGGAGUAAAACAGACUCAGUAAAGCACAAGCAGUAACCAAUCUCACUCUUAUUAAACUAAUGUCCAGUUGUUUUUACUUCAUUGGCUGCUCAGCGUCCACUUGAGAGUGUAGAGAAGAAGUUCACAGGUCGAAAUUGAACUGUUCCAUCAUACAUUAAAAAAUGGAGACGACAAAACAAGGAACACUAACAAAGCUUUGAUUCAUUAUGUAAUAGUAAAAAUAUUCAGAUGUAAUGAAUCAGUAACAAGUUUAGAUUUGUGUCCAGUGAUAGAUUUGCUUGACAUCCAGUUCAUGAACUCAUUUCUAGUAGUUUAUUGAAUUGGCAUUUUUAGAUGGUAGUAAUAAAAAAAAAUAAUUGUCUACUGCACUUUAUCAAUUUUGGCAUUUUGUAGAAAAUGCUGUUACUUUGACUGACAAUACUCUGUAGCACCCUCCACUGGUGAUCCACACACACUGCAAUAUGCUGAAGGAUGAACUGUGUAGAAAUACUCUGUAUCGCCACCACCUGGUCAGCACCAGCUAUAGCAGCAAUAGUUUCUGACCAGCAUGUACUGUAUUGAGCUUUAUUUGCCCACCUGAUGAUAAAGAUCAUGUUGUUUGAAGCUGAAUGGGGUAUUUCCUCUGUAAUCAGUGAUUGGACCUCUGAAUACAAAUGUAAUAUUGCCUUCUACUCUCCGACUUCAUAAACCUGACAAAGCUCUUGACUUUAUAUCUCCAUGUUAGUGCUUCUACACAGUAUACGGGCUUUCUGCAGGCCUUGGCUUUCUGGGAAUUCUUGAAGUGCAAAGUUGCCAAAACAAAAAAAAUAAACAGUUGGUACAAACAAAUGUUUCCAUUAGAACAAAAGAAUGAACACUGAAAUGAUCAGUUUGAAACUGGGCCUCUGUUUCUGAUUCCUGUUACCCCACACCCACCUCUUUUCAGAAAAUGUGUUUAUUUUGUAUUUAUUUAUUUUUAUUUACUGUGAGGUGAAGAUGGAUAGAUCAUCUGUAAAUGUAGCAAAAGGAAAACCACGAUACAUUGGUGCCAGUAAACUACUGUGUAACAAUAAAAGGUAAACAGAU